GGAAGGGCUGCGAUUCUGAAAGAAGUCUCUGUAGAAGUUGAAGGGACUCCUGGUUCAUCCAGCCCUGCGCCAUGCUGUCCUCUCAGCAGCACAGCAUCCUAACCAUUAAGGACCUCCUGGACAAUGGAUUUGUGGCUGGAGCCUCUGGGCAUGCCCACUUCUCUCCUGUGUGCAGUUACUACCUGGACUCCAGUAGUGUCCCGAAGCAGAGUACCUGGGAGCUGCUGGCAGAUGUGGACACCACGAGGGGCAGCCCUGUGUGUAUGGUGGCACAACCCAUGGGCAGCGGAGUGAGGGCCGGCCUGGGCUCCUCGGACCUCAGCUUCCUCUCCUUCUGCAGGAGCCCCUCCGGCCCUGCCAUACUCGACCUGUCAGCUGUGCCCUGUGAGCUGCCUGCCGGGCCUGGCUGCUUGCUGGAUGUAACAUCAAGGAACACCUCCACACCAUGCAAGGCUGGGAGGCGCCUCAAGGAGAGAGCCCUGUCCCACAGCACCGAGCUGCUGAGUGACCUGCUGUCCCCUGGGAAGCCCCCAGCAGCCAGGUGGGAGAUCUCAGAAAUACAGCCCCCUCUGGAUGCCAGCCUGCCCCUCGACGUGAGCUUCCUGGGGUACUCCAAGCCGGACACAUCACUGCUGGGCACCCCUGUAGUGGUCCCUCUGUCCUGGCCCAGGAGGCACAUAGCUCUGCCCCACGAGGCCCAGCUGGGUGAUACGGAGCCCGGCUCUGUGCUCCUGCACCAGGCCCCGUGAUGCCUCAGCCCUGCCUGCAGCGGCUCCGGUCACCUCUGUGCCACAGAACAGAGUGGUCACAGCUGUUCUGGUGUGGGGUAACCCGGUGGAGCUUUUCUCUUCAGUGGGAGGUGACUGCAGUGGGAAGCUGACAGCAGAGCCCUGUGAGCUGCAGCCCACAGCCUCCAGCUCAGCUCCCUGCUCCUAUCCUACCGCCGUCUUUUGUAUUAAGGUAAUAAAGCUAUAAACUUCCU